AUGAACUGAGUCUGUUUCAGCCUCUCUGUCUUACUGUUUUUUUCCCUGCACCCCUGAACAGGCUGGAUUCUCUGUCCAGCCUUUUGGUUCGGGCACACAAUCCACAUCAUGAACUCUCAAGCAGCAUCAAGGUGCUUUUGGUUACUCCUCUUUCUCUUUCCCAGCACCGCAACAGAAAACCUGGAAGCGCCAUCUUUUCAGCCUGGAAUCCUGUAUCAAUACCGAUACUCAAUGGAUGCCCAGUUCAAUUAUCUCUCAAGAUUAUCAUGGCAAAGAAGCAGGCUCCACGCUGAAGCUACAGUUCAUGUCCAACGCUUAUGGAGAAACCCCAAUGAUGCUGGGGAGCACCUUCUCCAAGUCGAGAUACAUAACCUACAAGUCCGUCAUAAUCCAGAACAUGAGAAGAACCAGACUACUAACAGUGACCCCUCCACAGAGUCUUCAAUCACUGCUGAAUUACGGCAGCCAAUUUUUCUCCACUGGAAUAACGGAAAGGUAGAACGUAUUUAUGAAAAAGCAAGAAGCCCCCAAACUUUGGGGCUGAAGCGAGGCCUCGCCAGCCUUCUCCAGUUUCAGACACAUUUAGGAAAAGUGAUUGAGGACGACAUUUCUGGGAGUUGUCAAGUAACCUACACCAUCUCGAACAAUUCUGUUCUGAAGACAAAAGACCUUAAUAGCUGCAUAAGACCAAAAUUUGGAUUCAGUUCUGUGAACAAAAUUUUUGGGGUCCUGUGGCAACCAACCAGUAAAAGUAUCUACUCGAUGGAAGGAAGUCUCCUCAAAUCUGCAUUGGCUGAAGAAAAUCAUGUGAUCUCUCUAAGCCUAAAAUCUUCCAUUGGAGUCAAUAUCACAUCCAGGCAAUAUCUUGAGCUUGUGACUCAAGUGUCUGGAUCAAAAGAAUUACCUGGGAAGAGUCUUCAGGACGCGCUGGCUGCCAUAUUGGAAAAACCUCGGCCCUCUGAGAUAGCAAGUGAGCCUUUCAAGAGGAUCUGCACACAGUGCCCAAGAUUGAGGAACUAUUUGAAAUCACUUGAUAAAAAGAAAGUUAAAAUGGAUGUCGCUAAGGCAUCAACCACUUGGAAGUUUCACAGAGUUGUCCAAAUGUUGCGUGAUGCAAAGAAGAGAGACAUUAUUAUACUGCUGAAGAAAGCACCAGAGAAUAUGGUUUCUUUCUAUGUAGAGGCUGCAGUGGCUGCUCAGUCAACAACAUCCUUGAUGGCACUAUCUGAAUUUCUAGAUUUUGGGAACAAGAAGCAGACACCCUUGGUGGAGAAGUUCCUCUAUGCAGCAGCUUUAUCCCCUCAGCCUUCCAAAGAGCUUUUCAGUUUGGUGCUAGAUAAGAUAAAUGAGAAGCGACUAGACCCAGACAUUUGGGAAACUGGACACAUUGUCAUUGGCACAUUGGUUGGCAAGCUGUGCCAAAUGAAACUGUGUGGGCUGCAGGAAGUAGGAAUUGGAAUGGAGACUAUCCAGCAAAGUCUCAAACACACCAGGGACAACGCGGAGAGGGUGAUUUAUCUGUUAGCCCUGAAAAAUGCUCUGCUCCCAGAAACCAUUCCCACCCUCCUGCAUUAUGCGCAGGAGGGCUCUGCCGCAGUCUCAGCUGCAGCAGUCUCUGCACUACAGAGGUACCCCACACAGCACAUGACCAGCCAGGUUAAAAAGGCAAUGAAUAGGAUUUUCCAUCAGAUUCAGAAUCUCUAUCCAAAAACAUCAAGACUGACUGCUGCAGAAAUCCUAUUAGACAAUGAGCCCUCACCAAUGGACUUCAUCAAUAUCCUGUUGGCCACCAGAGAACUAGAACCAGAAAUGUCAAGAUUAUUGCAGUCAAAAAUCCAGGGCAUUCUACGUUCCCACCAACAUCCAACCAGGAAGGUGAUCAAAACUGUUCUGAAGGAUCCACAGAUAAAUAAUUACUACUUCCUUUCAUCCAAGACUGGCAACUCCAACUCCUUCUCCGGACCACUAGCAGUCACCGAUGACAUAUUCUCUACUUAUGACCAGGAGAUGCUGUUCACAGAGAGUGGUCUCCUGAAGAAAGGCAUCACCAAUUUCAAUAUCCUAAGCCAUGGCCAUCGACUCCAUGUUGCUCAGGUGGUUACUGAAGCUGCGGGGUUUGAGGGUGUGCUGGGAGGUAGUCCUGAUGAAGAAGAGCAAGAAAUCAUGGCUGGCAUGUCAUCUAUUUUGCUUGGUGUCCAAUUCCGACCGAUUACUAUCUUCCAAGGGUACGCAGACCUAAUGUCCAAGAUCCUGAUGAGUGGCAGUGAGCCCACCAAUGUAGUCAAAGGGAAUAUGCUAUUUAUGGAUCAUCAACAGGCAAUCCCACUUCAGUCUGGCUUGCAAACAGUAAUUACUGUUCAGGGAGGACUUGGACUAGACAUUUCAGCCAACAUCAAUGCAAAUUUGUGGGAUCAAGAGCUCAAAACAAGCAUUAAAACAAGGGCUGCAGUGACCAUGGAUUUCCAAGCUGAAGUGGAUGCCCCAUUCUUUCAAGCCACUGUCCAAAGCCAGUCAGAAUUAGAAACAGCCUUAAAUUUUGACACUUUUCUACAGCUUUCUGAGAAUCUCAUGUGUCUGCAGCUGACAGAGGAACACGGCUCAUGCAGAGAAAUCUUCUCAGUCUUUGAAUCUUCUGCAAACCAAAGCACAGCUAUCCGCAAAGGGAGGUCAGCCGCCAUCCCGGGGCGGACCCUUCCCUUCCACAGGGCCAAUUCUGAAAUGUGCAAACUCUUGCUUGCAAGGACAGAAUAAAGGAUGUGACAUCA